CAUCGACACUGUCGUUUCGACCCGGUCACCUGUAGGUCCCGCUACAGCCCAGCAGGUGGCGGUAAGACCGCAGAGUUUGGACGUCAACUGCGCGAAAACAAGAAGACGAAGAAGACCAUGUCGACGCUGGUACCGCUCUACAAGCACCUGAUCAGAAGAGAAGACAGAUGAUAAACAAGUACUAAUACAGACCACUUUGCACAACACAGAGUGGAUAUCCGUCGGCCGAGCCUCGCCGACACCCUGCAGCUCUUAUGCUAAACACGGCAUGGCAGAGAGACCGGACAAUGAGGUGGAGGAGGCUGACCACAUCUACCUGCUCAUGAAAGAGGACUACCGGAUCUCUAGGAAUGUGCGACUGGCGUGGUUUCUUAGUAAACUUAACCAAAUCAUCUAUCCGGCUUCAAAGCCUGAAGUGCUGCACUCUGAAAAUGAACUGGACCUGCUUAGCAUCUUACCUAAAGGAUGGCAGCCAGAUAUCUCCCCAACUUCACACCCAUGCAUACUGAUGCCUUCCACCCGGGCCACCUUCCUGGCCCGGAGGUACCGCUUCAUCAUCGAGCUGGACCUGAGUCCCUCCACAGGGAUUGUGGAUGACAGCACAGGCGAGAUGAUCUUUGAUGAGGUCUUCCACGCCUUGUCAAGGUGUCUGGCUGGUCUGGUUCAACCAUUCAGAGUCCCUGGAACAGAUCGAUUUUUCAAGCCUAAGAUCUUCAUCACCAUCCUUGCAUAUUCCUCCAUCAUUGGCCUCCCUUCACAUCAGGUUUUGGUCCAAGGAUGCCAGCUUGAUAAAACAGACCUGGAUGAGUUCUUGCAUCGCAUCUACCAGCAGCUCAGAGCGUUGGAGAGUAGCAUCGCAGAAGUCCUGCAUCAGCAGCACGAACAGUGCGUGGAGCCGUCACAGAACUCAAGUGACCAGAGCAGCGGCUUGGACGAGCACCCCCACCGGACGCAAAGUGUUUCCAUGGUGUCAGCUGAAAUGGGGCUGGUCAGCAUGGUACGCCAGGGCAUCCUGGCCCUUCAGCUGCUGCCUCCCAACUCCAGUGCAGGCAUCAUUAUAAUCACGGACGGGGUUACGAGUGUUCCUGAUGUGGCCAUGUGUGAAACCCUGCUGAACCAGCUCCGGAGUGGAACCAUCUCCUGCUCCUUUGUACAAGUUGGCGGGGCGUACUCCUACGACUGCAGCUUUGGCUAUAUCCCCAACGUCGAGCUGAUGAAGUUCAUCUCAUUAGCCACUUUUGGCUCCUACCUGCCCAGCUGUCCUGAAGUGGACCUAAACAGCGAGGAGAUGAAUGCCUACCACAAAGCAUUUCUAACAUACUCCUUCCUCAAGAGCCCCGAGUCCAUGAACUCAGAGUAUUUCUGUGUUUCCCAGCACAAGCUGUUCAAUGAGCACCUGGUGUCGGCCAGUGGAAACCCUGCUCUGGUCAUGAGGAGGAAGAAGCACACGGAGAAGGAGGUCCAUGCUCAUCUAAUCAGCGUGCUGUCUGUGAGACUGAGAGAGGGCUACACCAUCACUGACAUCAGCCUCACUAAAGGUGGGACUCAGCUGGAGGUGAAGCUCGUGCUCUUAUGGAAACACAACAUGCACAUUGAGUAUCUCGCGGCUGCCUCCUGGCCACUGGACCCCUCCAAGAGAACCACCAGAGUGGAGGUGACGAUGGAGGGGAGCUACGACAUCUUGCACGACAUCAGCUGCACCCAGAGGAAACCCAUCACCAGCCAGUACCGCACCUCUGUCAUCCGGCGCUUCUGGAACACACUGCAGAGCAUCAACCAAACUGAUCAGAUGUUGGUGCACCUGCAGUCGUUUAACUCGAUGCCUGAGAACUACAUGAUUCCUGAGAGCACCAAAAAUGGAGUUCCCCUGUUCUACAUCCCUCCUGGCUCCACCACUCCGGUCUUGUCUCUGCAGCACAGUGGAUCCAAAGAUUCCUCUCAGUCCCAGUUUGCAUCAUACUGGAAGCCCAUCCUCUCCAUGGACGCCAACUUCUGGCAGAGAUGGCUGCACAUGCAUCGCAUUGUCAUCAUCCUUGAGCAUGAUAUGCCUGUCCCCAAACAUCUGCACACACCUGGGAACAACGGGCGCUACAGCACCAUCCAGUGUCGCAUCUCCCACUCGGCCCUCACGUCACUGCUGAGGGACUGCAGCAGCUUCGUGCUGGUGGAGGGUUACUCGUAUGUAAAACUCAUAUACAGCAGCUCUUCUGAUCAGCCUCCCACCUCCUUCUACUUGGUGCGUGUCAUCUCAAAGACCCCCUGCAUGGUCCUGCGUCUGGGUUUCCCCAUCGGCACACCGGCCCACAUUAGGAACAAGAUUGUGGAUGAGCUGCGAGAGCAGAUCCUCAAGCUUCGCUUCCCUCAUCGUGUUCAGAACAAAGAGGCAACACCCAAAACCAAGAGGAAGGCUGUGGGCCACCCGUCUCCAUCCAAGUCUCCCUCCAUCCCUGCUCCCAAGCCUGCGCUCUCUGACAGACCCUGUGUGGUGGUGGUCAGUAAGCCUCUGGAAAAGCUGCUUAUCAGGUAUGACAAGCUUCCUCUAGACUUCAGGACUCCCUUCAUCUUCAACAUGGAGACCUUCCCACUGCCCUCCAACACCGCUGCACCCCUCAGCGUGGCAGCAAACCGCACAGCCUCCUCGACGCUGGCCUCUCUGUCACGUUACUUCCUGCACCAGCGUUGGGUGUGGGCCGUGCAGAGCAGCCAGGGACCGGCUGUAGCCAUGCAGGCUGUUGCCCAUAUCCUGUCCAUGCUCUCGGAGAUUCGCCUGUCAGAAGGCUUCAACUUUGCUGCCAGUGGCGAGGGCAUUAUAAACCUGGUGAUCGAGCUGCCAAUGAAGGGAACGUCAGGAGACGUGGACAGAGAGAGUCACUCUUGUAUUGUUCAGUAUAUCCUGUUUCCCCCUCACUCUACCUCAACGAAGGACAGUUCUAGCUUCUCCACCGACGACGACAAUGACACCGAGGUGGAGGCAGUCGACCUGGACACGGAGCUGAACCUCGUGACCGAAUGCUGGGUGGAGCCGCAGUGCGGCACGGUGAACUGCACGGAUCAGCACCGCUCCUUUCAGGGCCUUAAGUACCAGGAGCUCCCUCGAGCAAUCUUCCCGAGGGACUUGGCCUGCAUGUCCACCAUGAUGACCUUUGAAUAUCUGAGCCAGCUGUGUCAGAAUAAGGAUCAGGUCUGCUCUCUGCCAGCUGGACUCAAGGAUGCACAAGGAGAACAUCUGGUCUCUGAGGAGAGCAUCCACAUGGUCCCUUUCCAGUUUGACCUCAUUAAGCUGCUCCCAAAAUGCCAGCAGGUUGAGCUGUUUUUCGUCACAUUCAGCACAGCGACGGGGAGUGAGGAGCAGAUGAACAGCUCCCACUGCCUGCCCAAUGAGCUCCUGCUCAGCCUCUUCCACACCAGCCUGGAGAACGAGCUGAGUGACAGAGAGAUCCCGUUAGCUGACGGGGACCACGUCGCCUUCAUGCAUCACAUCUUGGAGCGGGAACGAGACGGCCACGCCGCUCCUUUCUCCCUGCCGGUUAUUAAAGAGGAGUGCGUCAAGCCUCCAGAGAAACAGGACACGGUGACGUCAUUCUACACGGCCGGCAGCAGCAGAGAGGUGAUGGGGUCAACCAGCACUUUACAGAGUUUCAGCAAUGCAGACCUUGUGGAUGAAGAGCCCCUGUUGUUGGAGAGCAGCUGCUCUGCGCCACAGUGGAGAUGUUAUGCCAAGUGCAUCAGCUCCCAGCAUCUAAUCCUCACCUUCCUUCCUGCUACCUUCACAGAUGUUCUGAUGUUGAUGGCUUCAGGAGAGAGCGAGCCUCGGAGUAAUGUGAGCACACAGGAGGACGACGCUUUGACUCCCAGCAACAAAUCUCAGGCUGACUCUUUGUCUGGAUCCACUGGUGGCUUUGAAGGGUCCGAGUCUGGACUCAGCCUGCGCUCUAGUCGGCGACUGAGCUCCAGCACCGCCAGGUCCCCUGUGCUCUCAUCUCCAUCUGAUGGCCAGACUGGAGCUGCUGACUCCCAGACCCUGGAGCAGAACAGCUGGGACAGCAGAGGCUCGGAGAUGGAGAGUUGGAUGCCGGGCUCAGAUGCUGCAGAAAAAGAAGGAGUCCACUUCUCUGAGCCACAGAAGUCAGACUUCCAUAUCAGCCUCAGCAGACAGCUUUCCCAGCAGAGCACUGGUGACAGCAGCCAGCUGAAGUGUCCAGUUUACGUCUACAACUGUUCACUGGAGAAUCUGAAAGAGCAGCUGGUUCACCCAAACUCCAGCCGCCAACCCAGGGACGUCUUCUUCAGAGCCCGAGAUGCAGAGUCCUGGGAGAUGUGUGAGCAGAUGAAGUUCAGCAGGUCUCUAUCUCAGGAUCGCAGCAGUCCGUCUCCUUGGACCGACCUCCUGUCUCAGCCUCACAAACACAAGGAGCUGGCCAACUACUGCAGCAUGCUGCAGGAGCAUUACUACCAGAGCUACGUCAAAGGUGUAUACCGCAGCCUGCAGCAGUCCUACAACAUCAGCUCCCAGGACGUCCUGAUGGCGAUGGACUACUGUGAAGAAUCGCUGCAGGAGAUCGACAUCACCUCCUUCCUGCAGACGCUAUGUGGACACAUCAGGGUCUUCAGGGAACACGGCAAGACUCCAGGAUGGCGAGGGCCUCUGAAAGCUUCAAGGAGCCCUGCCACGUUUAUCCUUGGUGAAGCUGAGGGGGAGCAACUCGAUGAUAAAGUGGCCUCUUCAUGCAGUACUGAAGUGGAGGACACCAGUGAGGCUGAAUCCAGAGGAGUUCCUGAUUCCUCUGCUCCUACAUCUCCACCGAUCAAGGAAGAGCCCAAGAAAGGAGCGAUACCAGAAUUCCCUCUGACGCUGCUGCAGACACAGCCCGCGUGUGACGUGUAUCCAGAUCUGCACAAAAUAAUACAGGAUAAAUUCAUGGAGAUCCUUUCUCAGUAUUUCAAAAGUGUUCCCUCCAACCCACACUACUUCUACUACUCUCCACCUUCAUCCAAGAAAGAGGAGUCGGAGGACGGCGAGAUGAAAAGACGGGCGAGUGAAGAGCUGCUGUCAGAAGCUGAGCCCGCCACUGAAGACGAAAAUGUGCCGUCUUCCUGCAUAAUGACGGAGAGCGACACAGAUCUGGUGGUGGAGUAUGAGGAGCACCCAGGCAGCAGCUCCCAGGGAGAGGGUGAGGACCAGUCCCUGUCUGACUCCAACACUGUGAACCAGGACCAGGACUCGUUCAGCAUCCUGGAGGGAGAGUCCCUGCUGGAGAACGAGGCCCCACAGCUGGACAUGCCACCACUGUUUGUUCACAUCACCUGCUCUGUCAACAUGAAGAGCUGCCAUGGCUCCGUGCCCAUGCAGACGCUGCCCACGUGCCUGGGUGAGGUCAUUUCCUGCCUGGAGAAUGCUGAGGCGGUGCAGUCUGUAGAUCUGAACGAACUCUCAGUCACGCUGGAUAUUUUUGUUCUGACGCUGCCUCUGGAGAUCGAAGCCAUGGCGGACUUCCAUCAUAACAGGUACACCUCAGAGAGCAGCAUGAAUCGUUCACCAGGGCAGCCCUCCUCCUAUCGCUCUGACGAGGAGCUGAUGGCCGUGCUGGACAGUCUGAGGGGAGGAGGUGUCAACGGCAUCUCUGGUGACCCCUUAUCCAAACUCCCACUUCCCCACAAGUUGGCAAUCCUGGCCACAAUGGACGAGAUCCGCUGGCUGCUGGAGGAUGAGAUCGUCUCUGCUCUGCGUCACUCUCGGGUCAUCGGCCCGGCCACGCUGCAGAAAGUGGCGGAGCACGUUUUACGCUCCAGCGGUCGACCGCACUGUCACUGUGAGGAAGUCCCGCUUCAGUUUGUCUUUGGGCCUGAACAGUCGCUGGAAAAAUUCAAAGAGGAGUUUCGUAGGAUGUCUUUCUCUGGCUAUGUGUUAAAUGGAGAACAGGCCGGCUUCUACUAUAUGUCUCUGAGCAGACUGCAUCCUCAGAGGAUCCGAGAGACCGAGAGGCUGUCUGAGAGCACUGCAUCCCCCCCACAACACCCUGCUGCCGCCACCAUAUCCUGCAGUGCUGCAGCUCAGGCGGAGACCACGACGCUCGAGAGCGAAGCAGAAGCUCAGGCCGACAGUGAGAGUGAGGACAGGAAGCCAGCCAGUGUUGCUGCUGAUGCUCUCAGUGACACGACUCCGGACGCUGGUGAAUCAGUUGCAGCCUUGAAGCCUGAAGCAGAUGACUCUGUUAGCAUGGUUGGGGACAGAGGUCAGCCCAGUACCCCCCAGCUGCAGGCAGAGAGCUGCACAGAGGCCAGCUCACCCCCAAAGACCCCCUCGAGUGUCAGCCUGGCUGAGUCCGUGCAGUCGGCCUCUCACAGUGGCGGCAAACUCAGGCCGAGUCGAGUCCAGAGUGUCGUCUCCAGCCAAGGCAGCCUGGACUCAGACAUGCAGGGUUAUGAUGGUGGCAGCAGCGACUCUGAGUGUGAGAGCCCCACCCUGGAUGAACAGGAGUGCCAGGCCCGGCUUAUGCCAGACUUCUGGCUCAUUGUUAAGAUCCACCAGGACAGAGUGACGGUGUACUCCCACUCCAGAUGCUUCAGUGAGGGAAAAGAGGUCGGCACCGAGGAGCUGGAGAAGAAGGAGGAAGAGCAGGAGUUGCCUGAAUGCUUACAGCUGCAUCAAAUGGUGGUCAGGAAGAUCGGAGAAAUGUGCAGAGUUGUGAAUCAGCGUAUGCUGCUCCAGGACCUGCACGACAGCCAUCUGUGUAACAAGCUGCUGGUGGCUGAGAGUGAGGAAGACAUCUGGAAGAGUGAGCCUCACUGCAGGCAGAGGCUCAACACCGCUGAUGACUACAGCACAGAGGAGAGCUACCAGGCCAGAGAUUAUCUGGCUGCUACCAUGCAGUUUAUCCCAGGGCACUUUGCCUGCGAUGUGGUUUGGCGCACAAUCAUCCACAUUCACCCCCGCCUCAAGAUGGGACCCAACAUGGGAGUGGCCAGAGCGAUCCAGGCCCUGCGCUCUGUGUUGAAUGCCUUCUGCGUGGUCAACAGGAAGAACAUGUUUGUCUACCAGGAGCGUUCCACUAAAUCAGUCUUCUACCUCAGACUCUGUGAAACGUCACUAACAGGGAAGUACUCCGACAUGGACGGGAACCUCCACGUGCCUCGCUGCAUCGGGCUCGCCAGGAGUCAAGAGCCUUCGAUGUCCGAGGACUCUGUAGGCUCCAGGUCUUCUUUGGAGGGCUCUCGGCCAGUUGGACAAGUAGAUAAGCACAUCCUGCUGCUGGUGCAUGGAGUGGGAAGUGCAGGUCCAGAGAUCACAGACGAGCUGGUGAAGGUGCUGCGUAAGCGCCUGGAUGAAACCACCUUGGACAUCAUCACUGUCAUGCUUGUCAGGAACUGCAAGCUGACGCCAGCUGAUGUGGAGUUCAUCCAGCCGUCAGGAUCUCCAGCCACUGAGGUGAUGACCUUCAGCCUCCCCCAGUACUGUCUGCCCUGGCUGUCCGCUGUGGCUCACUACCUCAAACAGAACCUCCUCAUCUUCCUGCACGUGCCCAAGUACACGGACAUGAACACAGCACAUCACUUCAAGCACUACUUUCAUUUGAGCAGUGACACGGCUGACGGUGAUAUCUACCUCUACAAUAAGCCCGGAGGCCAGGGGACGGGAGGCAAAGGUACCAUGUUGGAGCUGGUUCAGCAUCUCUUCCCACCUUCUCAGUUUAAAGGUAUCGCCUGCAUCGCCCUCUCCUUUGUCGAUGCCCACGGUCGGCCCCUUCAAGUUCCAGCUCAGGGCGGUGCCGCCCUGCAGAAGUCCGAGAACUGCUCCGUCCCCCUGCACCCGGAUCACUUUAAUGAGCUGACCGCUGUCGUCAAAGUGGAGUCCAUCAUUAGCGGCUCAGAACCACAGCUGUAUGUCCGCUUUGACAUCUGGGAGCAAGGCAACAUUAGCCCCUUACAGCUGAGUGACAAACUGCAGGGGGCACUGCGCCACGCACUGUGUGAUGUUGUCAUGGAGCUGAGAGUAUUGCCAAACCCUCUUUGUGUCGGGGUCCUCUGCCCAGCAACGAAAGCUCAGAAAGAAGAGGCAAAAGGGCUGCUGAUUCCUUUGGCUGAGGCGAGAGAAGUGAAGGACAGCCCCAGGCAGCGCAGUGGCUCAAGGGUUUUUAAAACCAGUCCAUCUCCGAUCAGCUUAAUCCAAGCUGUAGGAGGCGCCCCCACGACAGGAAGUAGCACACCCGAGUCCACCACGCCUACUGGCAAAAGCACUCGCCGCAGCUUCUGGGACAUACUGAGUAAGCCAGACUCGGCCGAGCUCGGGAGCCCCAAGACGACAGACGACAUUGUGCAGGAGAAAGGCGAGGAGGGCCGAGCAGCGCGCCGCAGACACAAGACGGAGAAUGUAAAGCAGCAGUGGAGCCAGGACAAGCCGGUGGCUGUGGAGCUAGAGCAGACCCAGAGGAGGCAGCUGUCUCAGUUUGAGGAGGGAGAUGCAGGCACUCUGGACCCCAUUUACCAAGAUAUCUGCCAGCCGUGGAUAACUUUCAUGGCCAAACUUGGUUGCCCCUCCAUUCAGCAGUGUACCACUAAAACGGCCUCACACUUCCUGCUGCCUUCCAUCUUGGCAGAGAUUGUCAGUUUGGUCAGUUCGCUGGCCGCCGACACAACAGUGAAGACAUUUCGAAAGACGAGCUGCCCCACAUCUGGAGACCAUUUUGUGCCGCUCCCUCUUGGCCAGAACCUCAGCCAACCACCGGACGCUGUGAGGAGCUUCAUUCUCAUCGGCCGCAACUUCCAUCAGUGGCACUACAGCACAGAGCAAGAAGACAGUUCAGAUGAGGAAAACAGCCCAGUGCUAAAUAGGUUCACACCUCAUAAAGGCUUCCAGCGCUUCGAUGCUCUGGAGCAGAGCGAUUCGGUCGGUCCGAGCCAGGCUGGGGUGGGAAUGGCUCCUCGCCAGAGGUUCCUCUUUAUCAGCAUCCUGGACAAAGAGGUGACGCUGUACAGCUACAACUGGUCCGUGGAUCUGGGCGCCUCUCUGAAUCGCGAGCUGGUGCGUCUGGUGAAGUGGCAGAAUGCGAGGGCUCACGUCGUCCACUGCCUGUUCAAUCAGAAGAUGGGGCUCUUCCAUCACUACUGCUUUUCCGAUGCUCCCAUCCAUGAAAUAGACUCCAAGCAGGAUCCCAACCCAUUCCUCGGUCCUUCCAUGGAGCCUGAUGCAUUGCUGCGUAGCGCAGUCCCUCCUCUGCCCAGUAAAGAGCAGGGCAGACUGGGAAACUCUGGUCGAAGUCUUGCUCCUCUCCACUUUCCCUCCGAGUUGCUUCCCUUUGAUGAAGCUCUGAGGGACGUCUGCACCAUUCGGCCUUUGAUGGACGGAGAUGUGGUGGCUCGACAUGGCAGCCAGCUGUUGGAGAUCAAAGCUGCUGAGCGGAGAGAAUUAGAGAAGCAGAUGAAGAUAGAGAACCUGUUCGUGACCUGGCAGCAGAGGUCAGCACAGUCCAACAUGCCCAUUUCAGGGACAGAUUUGGAGACUCUGAAGCAGUCGUCCCGACUGGUCCACUACUGUGCCACCCCUCUGCUCUUUGACCCCGUCUUCCGCAAGCAGAUCCAAGAGGAACAGAUUAUUCAGCCUCUAGAAAAGAAAAGGCAUCGCUCCAGUGAUUCCACGGCAUCAGGUCGGGACCGCAGCUACAGCACAGACUCAGCUGACAUGCUGCCCGGCCGACUGAAGGAAGAGUCCUGGCUGCUUGAAAUUUCCAGCACCUUCCUUCAGCAGUAUGUCCAAUACCUGCAGAGCAUGGGCUUCAUUUUGGUGCAGGUCCGGCCUCAGUCUCCAGCUCGCAGCAUCGCCCGCGCUCGUGCUGCCAUGUUGAACUCUAUGUCAUCAGAAGGCAGGAUGUCUUUUUCUUAUGUGAAGCAGAAGAGCGAGGACAGCCCUAAGACUGCGGCGUCUGGGACCACCGCGUAUCACCUGCAGAGGGCGCUGCCAGGAGGAAUCGUGUUGAUGGAACUGGCUUUUCAGGGCUGUUACUUUUGUGUGAAGCAGUAUGCACUGGAGUGUUCCCGUAUUCCCAUGGGCCAGACCGUCAACUCGCAGGGCAGCCUCCUCACCAAACCUCGUUGCAAGCCGUUUCCAGAUGCCACACCAGUAUCUGACUGUGCGCUCUCCAUGCUCUUCACUGAGGAGUGUGAUAAAGUCAGGGACACCAUGCACGUUCACUCCUUCAGCUACGACUUCCACCUGCGAGUGGUUCACCAGUACCUGGUCGGCUGCCACAUGACGCUACGGCAAGGCUACCAGCUCACCGACUUCCUGGACGACUUCAUCUCCCAUCACCCGGACAUCCCCAAGUUCGGCCGCAACCACGUCUUUCAAGGGAGCUUCUCCAUCUCCACGGGGAUGAUAACGGCUCACCAGCUCUACAACUACAUCACCGACCACGCCAGCACGUAUGGCAUGAAGCCGCUCCGCAUGUCGAAGGCUGCGGUCGCCACUGACAACAAGAAGGCGAUGCCUGACCUUCACGAGUAUGCCCUGGUGGCUCUGUGGAACAGUUCGGGCUCCUACAAGGAUCUGGACGGUCUGCCCCACCACGAUGACUUCGAUGUUUCCCUGGUGGUGUGUCACAACGCUGCUCCGUUUGAGGAGCAGUCAGACGGGGAGAGGCAUCUGCUCAGGCUACGCUUCUACGUGAUCAUGACCAGUCAGCGGGAGCUAUUCCCACGCCUCACUGCAGACAUGCGCCGCUUUAAGAAGCUUCCUCAGAUCCACCGUGAUCCCGGAGAGCUGGGGGGACGGCUCUCCCAGGAUCGAGCAGAGGCUUCUGGGUCACGUGGUUCUGAGCAGGACCUCUGGGAGGAGGGUUCGUCUGAAGCUUCAGCACCCUCGGCUCCAAGUGAUGGCAACGAGUUUUACCCUCUGACAGGCGGUGGACCAGAGGCUCAGGGGCUCCUCUACGCCUCCCCUCUGUUCCCUCUUCUCAACAACGAGGUGGCGUCUGCCCGCAGACAGAUCCAGAUCAGCGUGGAGCAGGCCAUGGGUCACUGCCGCAGGGACAACCUGUGGAGGAGGCUGUUCCACGGCGAGCAUGUGGCCCUGGAUAAACUGAAGCUGGCCAAGUUGUCGUUCAGCGAACUGGAGGAGCUGCUGGAGGCUGUGCAGAGCCGAUCAGUGGGGGAAAUCGACCCGCAGCUGGACUGUUUCCUGACCAUGGGUCCAGCCUGGUACCAGAGUCUCAUCAAGGUCCUGCUCAGUCGCUUCCCUCAGAGCUGCAGACACUUCGACGACAACGGCAUCCAGUAUCUGGCUGUUCUGAACCAAAAGUUCACCGACUGCUUCGUUCUGGUAUUUCUGGACAACCAAGCUGGAAAAACUAGUUUAAAGGUCGUGUUUCGGGAGCCGCUGCCGUUGCAGCCGCAGGCCGGCAGCGGCCCCCCUCCUCAGCUGGUGUCCAUGUAUCAUCACCUGGAGUCUGUAAUUAACACCGCGUGCUACAAUCUGUGGACCGGACUGCUAUAGCACCCGGACCCGAGUCGUGUCUUUAACACGAGACAAAUGGAAACGACAGCAGAAGGAAAUGAGAAGAGAAGCUUUCUGCAUAACGCUGGGCUCACUGAGUGGGAGCAGCGACAUACUGGACUCAUGUGCAAGAAACCGUUUUAAAUGUUGAGGAUCAUAAAGUUGAGCAGACACUACGAUGGGUUCCCUCGCAGUUACUGUACGAGCCUUCAAACAGCACCGUGACCACGCCACAGCAAAAGCACCUUCCUUACCACUAUUGUCAAGAGUCAGACGGGCGAUCAACAUCCAGAUAAAGAGAACUGCAGGCUGUAUGCACUUAUGGGUUGGGACAGUCCCUUUAAAUCACAACGUACAAAAUCCUGUUUAAAAAGUGAUGUUUUCGAUCUUUGUAGCAGGUGAGACGUGUCAGCAAUAUCUCACAUCCUGGAACAGAUUCAAAAAGGGGCUGAGGAUGAAGAUUUGGCCAAAGCAGCAUCAUUGGCUCCUGGUUCCUCGAGGUCAUUUGCAGUGCUUGAUAAGAUUAAGUUUGAUCAUUUAAUAUGUAGCAUAUAUCAAACUGAGUCCUACUCAGUCCAAAUACUUGGGGCGGUCUGAGCUGAGUAGGUGAGAUGAUCUGCAGCUUUUCAGGGCUCAUAUCUUUAACCUUUAACCUCCACCAACGUCGUGCCAAAUCCAGAACCAGUUUCACGUAUUUCCACCUCCCUAAAAAUGUACUGGUACUAGUAAGCAUGGCACCACAAACUGAUGAUGCCUUGCUGCCUCCAGUUCUUCCAGGAAGUGAGGAUAAUGAGACGUUCCCGAACAGCUCAGCUGUGUCCCGGGUCUGCCACGGGGUCUCCUCCUGGUUGGACGUGCCCAGAAAACAUCACCGAAGAGGAGACGACCUGAACCUCGUCAUCACAGACGUAAGAGCUCUGCUGCUUUGAUGGGAUGCUUUUGGUCACCAACCAAAGCUGGUGUCAUAGCUGAGAGUAAGGACAUACCUUCACCACCACAAGCUGCUGCAGCUCCAUCUGUCAAUCUGGAAACAACUCGGAGCAUUCGGUGCUCAAAGGCACAAAGGUAGAACGGGUGGACGACCUGGAAGGUGCUCUUUAACACAUUCUGAUGGAUAUGACACGGCGAGGACGCCGUCGAUGUACGGACAGAAACAUCGUGAGCGUGCAGCGGCUGUUUGACAUCGUUGAGCCUGAGUCGGUGGUCAGAAGGCAGCACUUACAUGCAUUCUGCACAAAUUUGAAGCUCCACAUCUUCACUAAUGUCUCAGCGUCGGUUUGGAUCUCGUGCCUUCUGACAGUAUUUAGCUUCACGCCACAUCAGUGUUAAAACAAGAAGAGACAGCCCAGAUGCCGGUGCGCAGAGUGGGAAGGCUUUUAUGUUCAAUUGUGUCAAACCUGUUUCCACUUGAACCCCACUGCCAUGUCUGUUGCCCUCAAGUGCCUUUCUCUGUUUAUUAUUUUCUCCCUUUUCCCUUUUUUCAUUCCCAAACCUGUGAAGUGAUGCCGUUGUCGCUCUGGCAGGAGAUGUGUGGAAACACACUGCUGGUGUUAUGCAGCGAAAGUGCCUGAGUCAGUUUGGAGAAAUGUGACAAAAAUUGCCUUUCAUAAGCAGGAAAAUUGGUCAUAUUAACUUUGGUGAUUUGCAUAAUAACAUGCCACAUGUCAUCAGCGCCGAGUGUUUCCAAAGCAUGUUGGGGUGGUGGUGUGUACUCUCACACAGUGUUGCUGGUAGUCAUACCUCAGCCUGGCACAGGACUGUUACGUCACAACAGGUCCAGUGUGGCUCCUGUAGGAGUCGCACCCGUUCUGGGAGGGAACCAAACAGGUCUGAGCUUCACCAACUGAAGAGGACUGAAUGUUAAACACUGGAUUAUUCAUCAUGCAAAAUGUGAACUGUAAGCAGACAGCCCUGUAAAAUAAAACCUGCACUACC